GCUAGCUCCCCACCUUGCCAGCGGGCGUUCCCCAAAGUCAACAUUCGCGACUUUGACCAGCGCAAACCAAACAACACCAAAACCACCCUCACCAAUACCACCCUCACCAAUACCACCCUCACCAAUACCACGACGACAACCGCCAAAAUGUCCCUCACCACCAUCCGCUCCCCCCCCUCCCUAUCCGACUACACCCCCCUCCCAGACCACCAAUCCCACACCCCAACCUCCUUCUUCUCGCCAACCAAACCCAUCCUCCACCACCACUCCCCCUCCACCAAAGCCUGGCUCACCUCCCCCACCCAACUCGGCAAACUCCCCUUCUUCCCCCUCGACCUCACCACCCGACCAACCCCCCCCGAAUCCCUCGCCCUCUCCCCCGAAUCCCUCCCAACAACCUACGAACAAGCGCUCGACGUCUUCGUCACAUCCCAAAACCUCGUCCUCUUCUCCCCACAGGCAGAGGCCGGACUGACAAUCCCCUACCACCAAAUCAGCAUCCACGCUGUGCAGAAAAUAGGCGAGUUCAGCAGCGUCUACCUCCAGCUUGAGCUCGCAGAGGGCGGGUCGGGGGAUGAUGAGUGGGAUGCGGUCGAGCUGACGCUUAUUCCCGCUUCCCAGAAACGGGAGGAAGAAGUGACGGUUGGGGGGAGGAGGCCAAAGACGGAGACGGAGAGGUUGUUUGAGGCUAUUUCCGACUGUUCUAACCUUAACCCUGACCCCAAGGGGGAAGGGGAUGAGGAUGAGGAGGAGGAUGAAGAUGGGGCGCGGAUUAUUUUCGAGAG